CGAUGACGACGAGGAUUGCGGCCGACGGAUCGGACGAUGCCGACGACGACCGGGAGGUACCCUUCGAAGAGGUACCCUUUGACGUACCCCCGCACGCGGGCUACCGCGUCCGGGGCGGCGUGCGUCGCGUGGACGUCACCCUCGUCUCCGACGCCAUCUCCGGCGCCGGGCGCGCGGCUCGUGACGCCGCGCAAUCGCGCGUCUUCGCGAUGGAGCGCGUUCGCGCCGAGCGAGCCGCGAAGAUCAAGGCGUGGGGCGAGGCUUGGAAGGCGCCGCCAAAACCGCUGAAACCGCCGAAACCGCCGGGCUGGGAGGAGGUCAAGGCGACGAAGAUCGCGGCGCUGGACGCGCGGUACGGGAGCGACGCGAGGGUGGCGAGCGAGGCGGCGAGGAGCGUGAGGGAACGGGAGGUUCGCGCGAGGGAGACGGCUGCUGCGGGGGAUGGCGUCGUCAUCGGGGACGGCGAAAUAGCCGACGGGAUUGAGGACGCGCUCGGGACGAGCGCCGGUGGUCCGCUGGACGUGCUCGGGGAUUCCACCGGGACGGCGGCGCAGCCCGGCGGCGGAGCCGUGUUGUGCAGGCUCGGGCUUCCCGACCCGAACUUCGUCAGGCUGGUGGACUCGACGUGAUCGAUUUGAUUUGAUGAUUGAUAUGCGCGUGAAAAUGAAAUGCUAAAUGCGGGUCGCGAG